AAAACAAGGAAAUUAUCAGGCUUUUGUUCUUCUUCUUCUUCUUUGUUAUCAAUUUUUUUCUCGAGAGAGAUUAUUUUGUUGAAGUUUGAUCUGCAGGAAAUCGGAGGAUGUCGAUAGCAAUGGAUAGGGUCGAACCUUCGGGGUUCAGAGGAGGGGGGGUGGCUAUCUUUGAGAUGCCGCCGAUCUCCGACGAGAAGGCCGCGGAGGAGCAGGAGGCGGAGGAACGAAAUUGGUGUAGUUCAUCGUCCACAUCAUCGAUCGGGAGGAACAGCGAUCUCUCAGGGAGAUCGUCAUCGGACGGUGAGGAUGGAGAGGAGAAUGAGGUUCAGAGCUGUUAUAAAGGACCCCUGAAUAUGAUGGAUUCGUUAGAGGAAGUCUUACCCAUCAGGAGAGGCAUUUCUAGUUUCUAUAGCGGCAAAUCCAAGUCCUUUACAAGUUUAGCAGACGCUUCAUCUACUUGUUCAAUCAAAGACAUUGCAAAACAAGAGAAUGCAUACACCAGAAGACGCAGAAAUCUACUUGCCAUCAAUCAUUUAUGGGACAAGAACCGAAAUUUCCCCCUUAAAGGCAACGGUAGCGGAAUAUCAAAAAGACCAAUCACCUCUAGCCGGAGCACGUUAGCUCUGGCGGUUGUGAUGAGCAGCUCCGAGAGCAUCAGUAGUACAAGUGAUGAUUCCGGUUCAAGGUCUCCACAGCGAUUACCGCCGCUGCAUCCACAACCUCGAGGGUCUUCUUGGCGGUCAUACUCCGUGGCGGAUUUACAACAAUGUAGAAAUGAUGUAAUCUCAAAUUCAUUUUGCUCUUUCGCUGGUGAGAAAACUGAUCAUAAGCAGCUAAUUUGACAAUUGUAAUCUUUGUUACCAUACAGUCCCAAAUGGAUUCGACUGUCAAAAAGCUUAGUGUGCAUCGUGUUUUUAUAUCAUAUUUCAUGCUCUUACACUAAAUAGCUUUUAGUAUGGAAUAGAAUGUGAAAAGUGAUUAAAGCUCUCACAUUGUUGUCAUUUCUGAAUGAAAAGAUCUUGUUAACGAGUAAAA